AUGGAGGCGGGCGGCCGCUGCGGCGUGUGCGCCCAGGGGAGCGCGCGCCCCGCCCGGUACCGCUGCCCGGCCUGCAGGGCCAGAUAUUGUUCAGUGCCCUGCUACAAGAAACACAAAGAACAAUGUGUGCCAAAAGUGGAUCCAGCUCCUCGGUCUGUGAGCACAGAAGCUUCGAUGGAUGUUCAGAGGGAGAAAUCGUUAAAUGCUGAAGUGAGUCCUUGGUCGGUGAGUGACAUUUUGACGGAAGAUGAAGAGGAAGAUAAAGUUCCUUUGCAGAGCCUUCAGCACCUAAAGGAAUCAGAAGAACUCCGAGGCCUUCUUUUCAAUCCUCACCUCCGACAGCUGCUUCUAACUGUCGAUCAGGCUACGGACAAGAGCUCCCUCAUGAGAAAGUACAUGCAGGAGCCGCUGUUUGUGGAGUUUGCUGACUGCUGCCUGCAGAUCAUCGAGCCCCCCGAGAAGGAGAAUGAGCUUCCUGAAUGA